AGCCUUUGGCAAACAGCUGAAUCAGUCGGGUGUCACCGCUCGCAAUCCGUCUCAUCUUCCCGGCGUCGUUGCUUCUCGAUCACUGCCACCAUAAAGUCAACGAUUAAAUCUCAAAAAUUUCCGCGUCGAGUUUUGCAAUGUUGCAAUCGUCAUAUCUCGCGAGUGAAAUAAACAAAGAGUGCUUCUGAGGACGGAUUUAGCCAAUUCAUUCCAUCAAACUAUCAAAGCACAAUGUCAUAUCGCUACAACAAAUAUGGAGCGCAGUAUGAGCCCGGCGCUGGGCGAAGCGCCGCACCCCACGCAACUUUUUACGGUUACGAACACGUUACAACCUAUCCACCGCCGAGGGUUGACCGAUUUAGGGGCGGACCAAAGAUUCAGAAGAGAAUGACUCAAAGGGAGGACGUUCUCAAGUUUGAGCAGGGCCGAAUUAAGGCCCUGCAAGAAGAACGUCUCCAUAUUCAGAAAAAAACCUUUACAAAAUGGAUAAACUCAUUUCUGCUAAAGGCUCGUAUGGAGGUGGAGGAUCUCUUCACAGAUCUGGGGGAUGGAAAGAAGCUCUUAAAACUGCUGGAAAUUAUCUCUGGAGAGCGACUGGCAAAACCUAAUAAUGGACGAAUGCGUGUCCACAAGAUUGAAAAUGUUAAUAAGUCGCUCGCUUUUCUCCACACUAAGGUUCGCUUAGAAAGUAUUGGUGCGGAGGAUAUCGUGGACCGAAAUCCUCGUUUAAUCCUGGGUCUAAUCUGGACGAUAAUUUUGAGGUUUCAAAUCCAGGAAAUUGAAAUUGAUGUAGACGAGGAAAAUGAGAGUAGUGAAAAAAAGUCGGCCAAAGAUGCUCUUCUUCUUUGGUGUCAAAGGAAAACUAAUGGAUAUCCAGGAGUCAAUAUUCAAGACUUUAGUGGAUCCUGGAGGAGCGGACUUGGUUUCAAUGCUCUUAUACACGCACAUAGGCCAGACCUCAUCAACUGGACAGAGCUUCAGCAAACCAAACACAUCGACAACCUCAAUCAUGCCUUUGACGUGGCGAAUUCAGAGCUGGGAAUUCCACGUUUACUCGAUGCGGAAGACAUCGACACGGCGCGGCCUGAUGAAAAAUCAGUUAUCACCUAUGUGGCAUCCUACUAUCACACGUUCGCCAAGUUGAAGAACGAAAUCAAGAGCGGCAAAAGAAUAGCAAAUAUCGUCGGCCAAAUGAUGGACGCUGACAAAAUGAAAGUGCACUACGAGAAGCUCACGUCAGAUCUUUUAGAGUGGAUCAAGCUAAAAAUUAGGGUCUUGGAAAAUAGGGACUUUCCAAAUUCCCUGGAAGGAAUACAGCGCGAGCUUUUAGCUUUCAAGCAGUACCGAACAGUGGAAAAACCUCCAAAGUACAAGGAAAGGUCAGAAAUUGAAGCGCUAUAUUUUCACAUAAAUACCCAAUUGAAGUCACUGAAUCAGCCGGCUUUCAUACCGCAAGAAGGUCAGUUGGUGAAUGACAUCGAGAGGAAUUGGGUUGAACUGGAGCGAUCCGAGCAUCGAAGGGAAGUCGCUCUGCGAACGGAACUUUUACGACACGAGAGACUGGAACAACUGAACUACAAAUUCGAGAGAAAAAGUGUCCUUCGAGAAGGUUACCUGAAGGAGAUGAUUCAGGUUUUGUCAGAUCCAAGGUACGGUAGCAAUCUCGCGCAGGUCGAUGCGACAGUCAAGAAACACGAGGCGAUAAGCGCAGACAUUCUAGCGAGGGAGGAACGGUUUCACGAUUUAACAAACAUGUCGGAUGAACUAGUCAGAGAAAACUACCACGGACUGGAAAGAGUUCGAGCCAGGGAGCAGGAAGUUUUGCAGAGGUGGAAGGAACUCUUGGCGUUGCUUGAUCAUCAUAAAGCCAACCUGGCAGCUCUCUGCGCGCUCAUGAGUCUCAUGAGAGAAAUCGACACGACUUUAGCCACAAUUCUCGAGCUUCAGCUCAACUUUCAGAGCAUGGAUGUUGGACCUCAUCUGCUGGGAGUGGAGGAUCUGCUUCAGAAACACAGUCUUCAAGAGUUGCAAGUGACGGCUCUUGGGGAAAGUCAGAGGCGACUUGGAAGACAGGCGGCUCAGUAUUUGAACGAACCCUUGAGCAAAGAAGCCCCAAUGCUGCAGGAGAAGUUGCAACAUCUGAAUCAAGCUUAUCAAGAACUCACCGAAAAUAGCAAAGAGCGCAAAGCUCGCCUCGAGGAUGCUAGGAAUUUCUACCACUUUUUACAGGAUCACGAAGACGAGGAGUCUUGGUUAGUGGAGAAGCAGCGAAUCUGUAAGGCUGGAAUAUCAGCGAAAGAUCUCCGCGCAGUAUUGUCACUCCAGCAAAAGCAUAAAGCAUUACAGGAUGAGAUAAAGGUUCGAAGGCCCAAGUCGGAACAACUCUGUGACGCUGGGAGAAAACUGAUAUCUGAUAAUCAUCCGUUGGCGAUGGAAAUUCAAAAUAGAAUCGACUCGUUGCAAGAGCACUGGAAGGUUUUGGAAGAGUUGGCUGCACUGCGAAAGAAGCAGCUCGACGAGGCAGCGGAGGCUUUCCAAUUUUAUGCGGAUGCAAACGAGGCAGACUCGUGGAUGAACGAGAAAAUGACGUUGGUUGCUUCGGAGGACUAUGGAGUGGACGAACCGAGUGCCCAGGCGCUUUUGCAGAGGCACAAAGAUCUUCAGGGAGAACUGAAUGCUUACAAGGGUGACGUUCAGUCGUUGAAUACGCAAGCUGACAAGCUUGUCAAAGCGGGCAUCUCUACUCUCGAAUUAUCUGCAGAUCCAGAACCUGUCGCCGAGCUGGAGCAGGAAGAGUGGAGCAAGGAAAUCCGACUAGUUCCUCAGGAUGAGUGGGUCGACGAAAUUGUCGAGCGUUUGGAACCCAAGACCAUCCUGGAAGACAGACUCGUGCCCCAAGUAAAGAGUCUCUAUCCAUUCAGUGGCCAAGGGAUGCACAUGGUCAAGGGUGAAGUCAUGUUCCUCUUGAACAAAACCAAUCCAGACUGGUGGAGUGUUCGUAAAACUGACGGCAGCGAUGGCUUUGUACCAGCGAAUUACGUUCGCGAAAUUGAGCCAAAAGUGAUUCAAGUGCAGGUGAGAAGGCCAGAGAAAGUUCGAGUGACACAGCGCGUAAAGAAGACGAAAAUGGUGAAACAAGUUGUACCAGUGCGGAGGGUAAAGUCUAUUAAAUCAACCGUGAAGCCCGUGAAGCGCAAAGCUGUCAAUGACAGCGACAGCGUUGAGAAGAGAAUGCGAAAAAUCAACGAUACCUAUACGCAGCUUCAAGAGUUGGCUCUGAAUCGUCACGCAUUGCUCGAAGAUGCCAUACGACUUUACGGCUUUUAUCGCGAGUGCGACGACUUUGAAAAGUGGAUCAAGGACAAGGAAAAAAUGCUGAGGACAGACGACUCUCGUGACAAUGUCGAGUCGGCAAAGAGAAAAUACGAAAAGUUUUUGACGGAUUUGUCCGCAUCUGGAAAACGAGUUGAAGCGAUUGAUGCUGCGGUCGAGGACUUCGUUCAGCAAGGUCACGGUCAGCUGGAUAAAGUAAAGGCUCGACAGAGACACAUUCACCAGUUGUGGGAUCAUCUGAAUUGGUUGAAGGCGCAAAAAGAGAAGAGCCUUGAAGGUGCCUCGAGCGUCGAAUUAUUCAAUAGAACCUGCGACGAGGCUCACGACUGGAUGUUGGAGAAAAUCACGCAGUUGGACACUGCCGAGUUGGGGCCCGAUUUGAAAACGGUUCAAGCUCUGCAAAGAAGGCAUCAGCACCUUGAACGCGAACUGGCACCCGUCGAGGAAAAGGUACGAAAAGUGAAUCUCCUGGCGAACAGUGUCAAGAGCUCGUAUCCCAAUGAACUUGGGAAUGUGAACGCGAGACAGAAUGAAAUUCGAGACUUGUGGAAUAAAGUCCAGUCGAAAGCGAUGGAGCGACGUUCACGUUUGGAAGACGCGGUUGGUCAGCAGAUAUUCAUGAACAGCUCGAAAAAUCUGAUCAACUGGGCAGCUGAUGUUCAGGACACAAUGAAAGCCGAGGAGCCAGUCCGAGAUGUGGCAACUGCUGAGCAACUUGGCAAGUUGCACAUGGAACUCGGGGAAGAAAUAAAAACGCGCGAGGAUGAGUUUCGGGAGGUGGAGGAACUUGGAACUCAGCUGUUACGUCGCAACCCGGUUUUGGUGGAAGUGAGGGAACGUCUCGAGAAAUUGAGUGGCUUGUAUCAAGCCGUAUCGUCAGACUGGGUGGGUAAAGAUCGUUGGUUAAGGCAGUGCCUAGAAUUGCAGCAAUUUAAUCGCGAAGCCGAUCAGAUUGAUGCCACAACUAGUUCGCAUCAAGCUUUCCUCGAAUUUACAAAUUUAGGAGAGUCCUUGGAUGAUGUGGAAGCGUUGCUGAAGCAGCACGAAAAGUUUGAGAACACUCUUCAUGCCCAAGACGAUAGAUUGAAAGCAUUCAGUGAUACGGCUGAUAAAUUAAUCCACCAAAAUCACUAUGACAAGCCUUAUAUUAAUGAUAGGAGGAAUCAGGUUUUGGCAAGAAGGGCAUCCGUUAAAGAUGCCGCAAAUCGUCGUCGUGCAGCUCUGCAAGCAUCUGAACACUAUCAGCAAUUCUCAGCCGAGGUGGAUGAUCUGCGUGAUUGGCUGGGUGAUAAAAUGAAAACUGCUUCCGAUGAGAGCUAUCGCGAUUUGAAUAAUCUUGAGCGCAAACUCCAGAAGCAUGAAGCUUUCGAGAGGGAGUUGAGGGCCAAUGAGGGACAGUUGCGUGCAGUCAACAAAGCUGGCAAGGCGCUGAUAUCCGAGGAGAACUACAGAUCAGACGAUGUUGGACAGACUUUGAAGGACUUGAAUGCUCAGUGGGAUCAGUUGGUUGCACUUUCGUUGGAGAAGGGUCGCAGAUUGCGACAAGCUGCGUCGCAACAUGGAUACAAUCGUACCAUGGAAGACGCAAGGAUGAAACUGGAGGAAAUUGAGACGGCCUUGCAGAGCAAACAGGUCGGCAAUGACCUGAGAAGCUGCAAAGAGUUGAUGAAGAAACACCAGAUAUUGGAAAGCGAGCUGGCCCAGUGGGAGCAGAAAGUGGAUGAUCUCGUGGCAAUGGGUCAUGAAAUGGCUCACGAAGGUCACUUUGACGCGGACAAUAUUUUGAAAACGAGUCAGGGUACCCAGAGGAAAUUCCGUGGUCUCAAGGAACCGGCAAAGAAGAGACGCGAUGCCUUGGAAGAGAGUCUGCGGUUCCACAACUUUGGUUUUGAACUUGAUGCCGAGUUGCAGUGGAUCAAAGAUCACUUGCCGCAGGCAUCAUCGACUUCUCUCGGUCAAAAUUUGCACCAGACACAAUCUCUGUACAAGAAGCACAAGAAACUCGAAGCUGAAAUUGUUGGUCAUCAGCCAAUGAUUGACAAGACUCUCGCCUCGGGUCAAUCUCUCAUUAAUCAGAGCCAUCCUGAAAGGAAAAAGAUUCAAGAAUUGUGUGAUGAGCUAGAUGACGCUUGGAAGAAUCUCCAAGACAAGGUCAAUGAACGUAGUCACGCUCUGGAUUUGUCGCUGAGAGCUCAAGAGUUCUUUUUCGAAGCCGGAGAAGUUGAGAGUUGGCUCAGCGAAAAGAACGACGUACUCAGUUCCACUGACUACGGAAGAGAUCGCGAUGCCGCGACUAAGUUACUCACAAAGCACAAAGCCCUUGAGCUUGAGCUAGACACCUACAACGGAAUUGUCUCGGAAAUGGGACACACUGCCUCGACUAUGAUCAACGCUAAGCAUCCGGACAGCAAAGCCAUUGCAAACAAGCAGCAGGCUAUUGUCCAGCAGAUGCGAUCCUUGCAACGAUUGGCAACGAUGAGACAGCAGCGUCUCAUGGAAAGCAUGUACAGACACGAGUACUUUCUCGAAAGUCGAGAAUUGGAACAAUGGAUUAAGGAGCAAGAACAGGCAGCCGCGUCUGAAGACUAUGGCCAAGAUUACGAGCAUCUCUUGAUUCUGCAAGCCAAGUUUAACGACUUUAAACACAGAAUAGAAGCUGGAUCGGAAAGAUUCAAUCAGUGUGAGUCCUUGGCUAAGAAACUGAUAGCUAACGAGAGUCCCUACAUCCAGGACAUUGAGAAACGGCAGGAACAGUUGGGCGAGUCGUGGCAACAUCUUUUGGGUCUGAUUCGAAAUAGAGAGCAGCGUUUGCAAGCUGCCGGAGAAAUUCACCGGUUUCAUCGCGACGUUGCGGAAGCAUUGUCACGAAUUCAAGAGAAGGAAGCUGCUCUUCCGGAUGACUUGGGUCGUGAUUUGAAUUCAGUAUUGUCGUUAAUCAGACGCCACGAGGGAUUCGAGAAUGAUCUGGUGGCUCUGGAGGCGCAAUUGCAAGUCCUUGUGGAGGACGCAGCCAGACUUCAGGCUCUAUAUCCAGGAAACAAUGCGACUCAUAUCGAUCAGCAGCAGAAGAUUGUGGUGAACAAUUGGGAAGAGUUGAAGGACAGGUCAGCUCAUAGACGAGAUCAAUUGCAAGCUAGCUGCGAUCUCCAGAGAUUCUUGACGCAAGUUCGGGAUUUAAUAAACUGGGCGGCUGGACUUCGAGCCGCAAUGUCCACCGAGGAAAAGGUUCGCGACGCUGCCAGUGCUCAGAGUUUGAAAGCGGAGCAUGAAGCACUGAAGGGGGAAAUCGAGGCAAGAGAAGACAGUUUCAGUUCAGUUCUUGAUCUCGGGGAAGCCAUGGUUCAAACGGGUCAUUACGCUGCCGUGGAAGUGGAGGAAAAGUGCAAUCAGUUAUUGGAAGAAAGACAAAAGCUCCACACUGCCUGGCAGCACAAGAAAAUGCACUUGGACCAGCUUAUCGACCUACACUUUUUCCUGCGUGAUGCCAAGCAAUUGGAUAAUUUGUCCACGACGCAGGAAGCCGCUUUGAGCGGGGACAAUUUCGGUAUCUCGGUUGAAGAGGUGGAUGCACAGGUGAAGAAGCACAAUGAAUUUGAGAAACUGCUCGUGACACAGGAGGAAAAAUUGUCUGCGUUGCAGGAACACGGUGAUAAGCUUUUGGCACAGGAUCACUUUGACUCGCCGACAAUCGCUCGACGAUUGAAUGAAGUGAUCAAGAGGCGGUCCAAGGUUCGAGAUUUGUGUGAGGUGAAGAAGAGGAAAUUGGAGGCUAGUCUUCUUCAUGCUCAGUUUGUGAGAGAUGUGGGUGAAGCUGAGUCGUGGAUUGGCGAGAAGCAGAAGAAACUCGAAGCCGAAGCCUCUAAAGGCGAUGUGUCUAGUCUUGAGGAUAAAAUCAAAAAGCUGCAAAAGCACCAGGCAUUCCAAGCUGAACUGGCAGCAAACCAGAGUCGAAUCGAGGAAAUUAAGGCUAAGGGCGAGACCCUAUUGUCACAGAAACAUCCUGCGAGCUUGGAAAUUCGACAGCAGCUCGACCAUCUCAAUUCAUCUUGGAGGAAACUUCUCUUCGAGUCGGGCAAUAGAGGUCGCGGUUUGGAAGAAGCCCAAGAUAUUCUUGAGUUCAAUAAUCAAGUCGAGAAGAUUGAAGCGUGGAUCAGAGACAAAGAGAUGAUGGUUCAAGCAGGAGACACGGGAAAAGAUUAUGAGCAUUGCUCGAGUCUCCAAAGAAAGCUAGAUGAUGUAGACAGUGACAUGAGAGUGGACGAUGCCAGGAUCAAAGUUAUAAAUGCCUUGGCUGACAAAUUAAUCAAACAGGGACAAGAUAACGACUCAAAGGCGAUCCAACAGCGGCGAGAUAACUUUAAUAAAAAGUGGAAAGGUCUGCAAGGUGCUCUGAGUGCCUACAGAGAGACUCUCGCUGGUGCCUUGGAGAUUCACUUGUUCAACAGAGAUAUUGAUGAUACUAGUCAGAGAGUUAUUGAGAAGUCGGUGGCGAUGAAUACAACCGACAUGGGCAAAGACUUGGGAGCCGUUGAACAUUUGCAGAGGAAGCAAGAAGCUCUCGAGCGGGACAUGACUGCGAUUGAAGGGAAAUUGAAGAAACACAAUAGCGAGGCGAAGAAGCUGUCGCAGAAAUAUCCAGAGAAUGCGAUGCAAAUAAAUGCCAUACUCUCGGAAUUACAGGAAAAUUGGAACGAGUUACAGCGCUUGUCACAGAAUCGUCGCGACACAUUGAACCAGGCUUACACUCUCCACAAAUUCCAAGCAGAUUUGCAUGAAUUGGAGAUUUGGGUGGCCGAUACGAUUAAACGUAUGGAUGAGGCUGAGCCGCCGACUACCAUCUCGGAAGCUGAAGCAUUGCUGGAAUUGCAUCAGGAGAGAAAGGCAGAGAUUGAUGGUAGACAAGACACAUUCAAAGCACUGAAGGCACAUGGCCAGAAACUUGUUCCAAUCGGCGAGGAUGUGCAGGAGAAUCUCCAUCAUUUGGAAAAUCUCAGACAAGGUUUGAUUGACGCUUGGGUUGAGAAAAGGCAAAAACUGACGCAAGCACAUCAAUUGCAACUUUUCAAGGAACAGGCUGAUCAAGCGGAAAGUUUCCUCGCGACGAAAGAAGCUUUCCUCAAUAAUGAGGACCUUGGGGAAUCGUUGUCUGGAGUCGAAGUGCUUCUGCGAAAACACGAGGAGUUUGAAAAGAUGCUCUUGUCACAGUUGGGACGCAUUGACGAGCUGGAGAAAUUCGCAAAGGGCAUUUUGCAGGAUGGUCACUCUGACGCAAAUGUGAUUCAACAAAGAUUGGCUGCUGUUUGUUCGAGAAGGGACAAACUAAAGAAUAGUGCGUCUGCGAGAAGGAAAAAAUUGCUAGAGAGUCAUCAGCUGCAUCAAUUCUUGAGAAAUAUUUACGAAGUCGAAGGCUGGCUUCAUCAGAAGCAACAAGUCGCCAGCGAUGAGAAUUACAGAGACUCUACUAAUUUACAGAGUAAGAUUCAGAAGCACGUUGCAUUCGAGAGUGAGUUGGUGGCAAAUAAAGGGAGAAUUUCGUCCGUCAUCAACGAGGGUGAAGAUCUUAUCGAUGAGAAUCAUUACGCGUCCAAAGAAAUACAGGAACGUCUCGAGGAUUUGGAAGCCGAGUGGCGACUUCUUCAGGAGACCAGUGAGUUGAAGAAAACCCGACUCAACGACGCCUAUCAGGCUCUUUUAUUUGGCCGGACUUUGGACGAAUUCGAGACUUGGAUGGACGAGGCCGAAACUCAGCUUCAAUCCGAGGAUCAUGGUAAGGAUCUUUCCAGCGUUGCCAAUUUGCUGAAGCGACACACAAACUUGGAAAAUGAUGUUCUGGGCCAUAAUGAAGCUUGUGAGACUAUCAAGGAAACAGCAGCCAUUUUUCAAAAGUCCAAUCAUUUUAUGAGUGAUGAAAUCCAAGAUAGAGCUACCGCUGCCAUCAGUAGGUAUCACAGUUUGCAAGAACCGAUUCAGAUACGAAGAGACAAUUUGGAAGAUGCAAAAUUGUUGCAUCAGUAUGCAAGAGACGUGGAGGAUGAAUUGCAUUGGUUGACAGAAAAAGAACUUCUCGCUGCGAGUACCGAUCUGGGAAAUUCCCUCAUGACUGUACAGAGACUGCAGAAAAAACAUCAGGCUUUAGAAGCCGAAUUAAUAUCGAGGGAGCCAGUGGUAUCGUCCCUCGCAAGCCGAGCGUCCGCCAUGAUUCGGAGUGGACACUUUGCAUCAGAAAAAAUCGAAUCGCUCUCGAAAGAACUUCAGGAAAAGUUGACUCACCUCCGAGACUUGGCCAGUGUGAGAAAAUUGCGACUGCUUGAUGCUGUCGAGUCGCAAAUGUUUUACGCUGAAGCAGCCGAAGCCGAGCAAUGGAUCAAAGAAAAGUAUCCGCAGCUCACGUCUUCAGAUUGCGGCAAAGACGAGGAUUCGGUUCAGUCUUUACUCAAGAAACUGGAGGGAAUUGAACGCGACUUGUCGGGUUUUCGCAGCACAGUGGAAAAUUUAAAGAAACUUUCGCGCGGCUUGAUCGACAGGCAUCACUUUGACAGCAAGAAUAUUGCCCACAAACAAACGGAAAUUGAGAAUAAGUUUGAGGAAUUGCAGAAGCUGAAAGAGAAGCGAUCUCAGAGAUUGCUUGAGAGCGAAAAGUAUCACAAAUUCAUCAGACAAGCGGACGAGGUUAUUGAAUGGAUAGGUGAUCAGACGACGGUUGCAGCUUCGGAAGAUUACGGCCGGGACGUGGAGCAUGUUGAGCUUCUCAUACAAAUCUUUGACAACUUUCUCGCCGGAUUGUCGACGAGCGAGAGUCGUGUUAUAAACGUGAUAGACGCUGGGCAAAGGUUGAUUGAGGAGAAGAAUCCCGAGUCGAGCAAGAUUCAUCGGAAAAUUGAUGAAUCGAAGCAGCAGUGGGAGGACUUGAAGGAGUUAGCUCACGCUCGUCAAGAAGCUUUGGCAGGCGCUAAGCAAGUUCACAUGUUUGACAGGACGGCGGAUGAAACAAUCACGUGGAUUCAGGAGAAAGAGGCGAGUCUGGGAUCGGAUGGUUACGGUCAUGAUUUGGAAACGAUUCAAGCUCUCGUUCGGAAACAUCAAGGAUUCGAGACAGACUUGGCAGCUGUGAAAGAGCAAGUGGAAUCGGUGAUGGAAGAAGCGUCAAGGUUGGCCGAGCUCUUCCCAGACGCUCGAGAACACAUAGCAGUGAAGCAUGAAGAAGCAGACGAAGCUUGGAACGAACUGCUGGAAAAGGCAGCUCAACGGAGAAGCAAACUCGCCCAGACUGAACAGUUGCAGGCCUAUUUCGACGAGUACAGGGAUCUGAUUGCCUGGAUAAAUGAGAUGGUGGCCAAGGUUACAGCUCCUGAAUUAUCACGUGAUGUUCCGGGAGCCGAGGCGCUCAUUUCAAGGCACAACGAGUACAAGGCCGAGAUCGAUACGCGAAAUGAUGCUUUCGCCAAGUUCUACAAAACGGGCGAAGGUUUGAUUCAGCAAGGACAUUUCCUCGCAAAAGAGAUCGAGGAUAAGAUCUCGAUUCUCGAGCAGCGAAAGCAGGUGUUGAAGGAGACUUGGGAGCAGCGAAAGUUGAUUUACGAACAGAAUUUGGACACGCAGAUGUUUAAGCGGGAAGCGGAGAUGCUGGAAAAUUGGAUCGUGAGCAGGGAACCGAUGCUGCAUGAUGGCAAGCUGGGCGAGUCGAUACCCCAGGUGGAGGAGUUGAUAAGGAAACACGAGGACUUUGAGAAGACGAUUGAAGCCCAGGAGGAAAAGUUUGAGGCCUUGAAGCGUAUAACGAUGCUGGAGAAGGCUUUCCAGAAGCAACUCGAGGCCGAAUUGGCGGCUCGACAGGCGGAAAAAGAGCGUGUGGAGAAGGCAAGACUUGAGGAGAGAAAGCGAAAGGAAGUGCAAAGAAUCACUGAAGAACGGAAACGAGAGGAGGAACGAAGAAGGCUCUUGGAUGGGCCACAUCGAGUGGCGCAUGAGGAAAUCAAUGGCAAUUCGGAUGAUCAUGAGUCCGUGAACGGAUUGUCGCCACUUAAGAGUGGAGUCGUGGACAAAACUGAGACGGCAGUUGACAACAAAUCCUAUGGCAUCACUCACAUGUUUGGCGACCGGCUCAGGAGAUCCAAUGUCGAUAUCAAGCGUGCCGAGAGUAUGAAAGUGGACACGAAGAAACCGAAGAGAACGCCCAGUUUCACGACGAGGAGGCGCACCCAGAGCUUUAGAAAGCAUCAGCGAAUGGAGAAUAUGAAUGAACUGCCACCAGUGGAAAUUCAGGGUUUGCUGGAACGAAAACAUGAGUUGCAGAGUGGCGGAAAGAAGGCGGCGGUACGAUCCUGGAAGCAGUAUUACACAGUACUUUGCGGACAGCUUUUGUGCUUCUUCAAGGACAUUGAAGACUUUGCCUUGAGCAAAGCAGCCACUGCACCGAUUACGAUUUUCAACGCGACUUGCGAGAAAGCUGACGACUAUACCAAGAGGAAGAACGUUUUUAGAUUGAAAUGCACCGACAGUUCCGAGUUUCUCUUCCUGGCGCCGAGUCGCCAGGAGAUGGAAGACUGGGUCAACAAAAUCUCCUUCCACGCUAAACUGCCGCCCUGUAUGCAGCUCUUGAGCUAUGAUGAUUCGCAAAAGGAAGGAUUGGAGAGGCUGAAGAGUCUCUCGCCUGAACAUCCGGAUGAUACUCUCUCGACCGGAAGCAGUCGUGCCUCGACUCCGGAAUUGGAGAGGAAAAACUCGGUGAUUCGACGAGAUGUUGGCGAUAGUCCGAAUAAAGUGCAGAUCGAGUUUUUGCAAAUGCAGAGGCAGAACCAGCAGCGCCGAGAUCCGAGAAAUUCCGAGUUUCUGGUAUCGCAGAGGUCGCCGGAGUCGGCUCAGGUGCAACAGGAAUUUUUGCAACUGCAUAGGCAACAGCAGGUUUUUGCCCAGCAGCAACAAAUGAUACAGCAGGAACAGAUAAUGGCCAGAGAUACGUAUAUGCAUCCGACUGAUAAGCCGCCUAUUCCUCCGCGAGGAGCACCGCCACCGAUUCCUGCUAGGUCACCGAGUACGGAAAAUGUUGUUCACAGAUAUAACGAUGUCGAACAUCAUGUACCGCAAGUAAGACCACAGUCGUAUCAACAUCAGCAACGCAGUGCAACGUUAAAUCACAAUGGGUCUAGCCAAUAUCCUUCUAAAGAAGGAUUUCAUAGACAAUCUAGUGUGGAACUCAAUACUCAACAUCAAGACCUAGUGCCUCCCCUGCCAUCGAGUGCUCCUCCGACAAGCAGAAUCGCCCAAUGGAAUACCUCUCCUGAUCCUGCUUACGGCAAUCUUGCAGUUAAUGUCAGACAGGCUGGACCUCCAACACUAAACACAUUCACUGGCAGACCAACUUCCCUGCCACCUUAUAUAUCGCCUCCACCAGCCGUUGCACAGGGAGGGCAAAAUAUUUCAGUCGUCGAUGGAAGAAGGCCAUCCGAGAGUGGAUCGGAAAGUGAACAAAGUACGGGUGGAAGUCGUAAAGAUCGGGACUAUAAGAGAAGUUCCGUUUUGAGUAAUCUAUUUGGUAGAAGAAAAAAGCCCUCGCAAUCGUAGAUUCAGUGGAGAACCGUCGCUACGUAAUUACCCGAUGAGUACUUAAAGCCUGGAUGAAACUGUGCUCACAGGGUAAAUGAGGAAAAUGUGUAAAAUACCUGUUACGAGUUACAAUCAAUUGCAAGAAUCGACGUUUCUCCACUGUCUUCUCCACGGUUUGAAUGUUUUAUACGCAAAAUAUACAACUGUUAAUAAUUAUUUAAAUAUUCUUUACAAUAGCCAGUAGAAAGCAUAUUUUUCUAUUCGCGAAUUAGAGCAAGUGGGUUUCAGAGACGCGAGAAUCAGACAGGAACCAAGUUCUCGUAGAACUUGCGCCAUAUAUAUAUUUUUUUUUUUUUCAUUUUUUUGUUGGUAACGAUUAUUUAAUUUUUGAUUUGUAUACUCGGUAGUGAUAGAGGAACGAAUGACCUUCGUAGUGAGCAAAACAGUCAUCGAUGCAAUUUUCAACUGUCUCUGAUUAAUUUUUGCGAUUUGAUGUGUACCUGACCUCGAGGGCAAAGUAAAACAAACAAGAAGGAAAGAAUUCGCGAAACCUGAAAUUUAUGUGUGUUUAUAUUGUAGAUGUCAUAAUAUAUGUUACAAACGGUUACAAAUGUUUACAAAUGUUUACAAAUGUUAUAUGAAUGAAGUGACCACUAAUGCAUUUGGGACCAAUGACUGUAUUUCUAUGUAUGAAAUAAGAUCCUAGUAGAUUCAUGUACUUUUGAAUAAAGAUCAUAUUUUUAUGAAUA